GCAGCCGGGCAGCGGCGGUCCUCCGGCGCUAUGUGGCCCAGUGCGGAGGUCCCGAGGGCGGAGUCCCGGCCUAAGGCCGGCCCGCAUGGGGGUGGGUCUAGGUGCUGCUCCGACUUUUGCAGGAUUCCGGCACACGCCCCAACAAAGAGCAGGGAACAGCCGAGCCUCUGUGACUCAGGACGAAGCCCCGCGAUUCCAGUGCCUGGCUCGCCGAACGAGGUAGGCAGACGGCUCGGGACCAUGACCAGACCCGGCAUGGAGCGGUGGCGCGACCGGCUGGCGCUGGUGACGGGAGCCUCGGGGGGCAUCGGCGCGGCCGUGGCCCGGGCAUUAGUCCAGCAGGGACUGAAGGUGGUAGGUUGUGCCCGCACCGUUGGCAACAUCGAGGAGCUGGCUGCUGAAUGUAAGAGUGCAGGCUACCCCGGGACUUUGAUCCCCUACAGAUGUGACCUGUCAAACGAGGAGGACAUCCUCUCCAUGUUCUCGGCUGUCCGAUCUCAGUACAGUGGCGUGGACAUCUGCAUCAACAAUGCCGGCAUGGCUCGGCCUGACACCCUGCUCUCAGGCAGCACCAGAGGUUGGAAGGACAUGUUCAAUGUGAACGUGCUGGCCCUCAGCAUCUGCACUCGGGAAGCUUAUCAGUCCAUGAAGGAGCGGAACGUGGACGAUGGGCACAUCAUUAACAUCAACAGCAUGUGUGGCCACCGAGUCCCACCCCAGUCUGUGAUCCAUUUCUAUAGUGCGACUAAGUAUGCCGUCACUGCAUUGACAGAGGGACUAAGGCAAGAGCUCCUGGAGGCCCAGAGCCAUAUCCGGGCCACGUGCAUCUCUCCAGGCUUGGUGGAGACACAGUUUGCCUUCAAACUCCAUGACAAGGACCCCGAGCAAGCAGCUGCCACCUAUGAGCAUAUAAAGUGUCUCAAACCAGAGGAUGUGGCUGAGGCUGUCCUCUACGUCCUCAGCACCCCCCCACAUGUUCAGGUUGGAGACAUCCAGAUGAGGCCCACAGAGCAGGUGACCUAGUGUUGCGUGGGAGCUCCUACCUUCCCCACCCUCCAUGGCUUGCCUCCUGCCUCUGGAUUUUAGGUGUUGAUUUCUGGACCCUGGAUCUUACUUUCUGUAUCCACCCCUCUACGGGAUAGAAAAUUCAUUAGAUUAUUCCCAUUACAAAUGUGAAAAAAAAUGGGCUGGGGAGAGAAGGCAUAGUCGUGAGUGUUUUAUCUGCUAACUUGUUCCCCUUCUUGGGGGUAGAGUCCCCCUCUUGGGGCCCCUUGGCCUUUGUUCUCAGCCUUGUCCUUUUGUCUUAGGGAGGGGAUGUGGCAAAGAGGGCACUGUUCUAUCUUCCUGUAUCCUGCCCCCUACCCCUUAGGGUUGGGGUAGCGGAGACAGGACUUCAUGUUUUAGCUGUGUGGUUACCCAGGGCUCCAGGCCCCCUUUCCCCACUCCCCACCUCUUCAGCCCAAUUUUGGCUCUUAUCCUGGGGUCCUCACCGCACUCUGACCAUGGCUACAGAAUAUCAGGGUCUGUCUCCUAGUACAUUUCAGUGCAACAAUUAAAGAGAAAGAUCGCAGCUUG